AUGUUAAGAAAAAAGUACUACAACAACCCCAAGCGCCUCGCCCUCGCGGCGAUUGCCAAGGAGACAUCCGAGUUGACACUAACGGUCGCAGCCAGCCUGCCGCGCCUCAAUCCAACUCAUUCCGAAAAGCUCUCCCUGGAAACCUUGCCAGCUCUUGAUCCUGCCAAGUGUCCGCGCUUUAAACUCCCCGACUCAACCUACGGUACGCGGGUGCGCGUCUUCAACCAGGACACCUUCGACGCGGCUUUGUCCAUGCCGGCCAUCGUUCUGGGCAUCAGUUCCUUUCAGAGCAAAGCGACACAGGCUAAAGAGUCCGAAAUCCUCACCCAGCUUCAGACACACGCAUCCCUGCCAGACCAACUUAAUGCGACCACCGCCCCAAGAGUCGCCGUGCUCAAUAUGGCGUCGGAGUUUAGUCCCGGAGGCGGUUGGCUGAAGGGAUCGACGGCACAAGAGGAAGCGCUAUGUUACCGCAGCACGUUGGCAGCGUCGCUGCACAAGAACAUGUACCCCAUGGCUCCAAGGACAGGACACUACACGCGCGACGUGGUCGUGUUUCGGGAGGGCAUGGAUCGGGGGCAUACGCUGUUGAUUAAGGGCAAGGGAAGUGACGGGAAAGGCAUUCCGGAUGAGGAGCUGCCGGUAGCGAGCGUCUUAAGCAUCGCCGGAGUGAGGAAACCGGCCGUUAAAGGGAAGGGGGAAGUUGACGAGUCGGGAAGCUCAAGUAAAACUGAUCAGCCGGCCAAAGAGAAGAAUGAUGAAUCGCCUGCAAAGAGCGGUGAGUCGAGAGUGAAGGGUCAUUUCAAGGAGAAUUGGAAGGACAGGAAAGGGCAGCCGGAGGGAAAUAAGCCAAAAAUUCCAAAAGGCGAUCUCGUCUUUGCCGAUCCCGCGGUCCGGGCCUUAACCAAAGACAAGAUGCGGCUCUGCCUGCGUAUGGCUGCGUCCAAGGGCCAUACUAUGCUUGUCCUCGGUGCCAUUGGUUGCGGCGCCUUUGGGAAUCCGCCACGUGAGGUAGCCGCCUGCUGGAUGGAGGUGCUCAGCGAGAGAGAGUUUGAGGGUGGCUGGUUCAAGGAGAUCUGGUUCGCGGUCUACGACCGAAGGAAGGAGGGCAACUUUGAGAUCUUCAGCGAGGUUUUUGACGGGAAGGUGGUCGGUCAACCCACAACCCCGUAG